AUAAUAAUAAUAAUAAUAAUAAUAAUAAUAAAAUAUGCCACCAAUUAGAAAAUCAAAAGAAAUAUUUCGAGAACAAGUGCGUUGGAGUUCUAAUGAACUUAUUGGAAUUUUAGAUUUUCUUGAUAAUAAUUUUGAAAUGUGGAGAACAAAUCGAGUCAACGCUUCCACGAAAGCAAUCGAAGCAACUAAUAAUAAACGGGAUGCAAGAUCAGUUUAUAAUAAAAUUCAUGUAUUAAUUAAAAGUAUGGAAGUAUAUCAUAAAACUGGCGAAAAAUCAAAUACUGGUACCGUUAUAUGGAGUAAUAAAAGAAUUCAGGAAUUGGUAGAAAAUAUUUAUAUUAAAACUAAAGAAAAAAGUGAAGAAAAUCAAGAAAUCGAAGUUGAUGAUAAUAAUAGCGAUGCAUCCACUAUUCGAACUGAAAUGGACGAUGAACCAGCACCUUAUUCAACUGAGGCGAUUAAUAAACUUUAUAGUGAGAAAUUAAUUCAACUUUCUCAAACUCGAUCCACGGUUAUGAAAACUAUUGAAGAAACUAAUAAUACAUUUGAAGUAUCAAAAGUUAAUUUGUUACUUUACUCAAAAGAAGCGGCUAUUGAUAUUUUUGACAAAAAAAUUGAAGAAAUUACUAAACUUCGAGAUGAACUUUCCUAUAUUAUUAAUGAUAUUAACAAUAAAUAUGAACAAAUGAAAAACUUUCGGUGAAUGAUAGAUUAGAAUUUUAUAUUUUCCUUUUUUUUAAUGAUUUUUUUUUAUUUUUUU